AUGGAUACAUUGAGAUUGUUCUCUAAGAGCAUGAAGAUCGAAGGAAACCCAUUUGGUUCUCCUCACCAACGCAAUCAAAUCUUCCUCAAAUUAGUCGCUUUCUUCCUUCUCAUCGGUCUCACUUAUCGUUUUCUCAUCACCCAAUCCACCGUCUCUCCUGUUCUCGGCGUACAAAUCUCGCCGGAAUUUCUCCCGGCAGAUCCUUCUGUUCUCAUCGCCGUCGCUCAAGCUCCAGCCUCCGUUGAUUCCCCAGGCAACAUCACCAUCGCUUCACAAAACGCUUCCACCAAGUGUGAUAUCUUUACCGGAAAUUGGUUACCGGACCCAUCAGGUCCGGUUUACACCAAUGUCUCUUGCCGACAUAUCCAAGACCACCAGAAUUGCUUGAAGAAUGGACGACCAGAUGUGAAUUACCUUCUAUGGAGAUGGAAACCUCGAGGUUGCGAUCUUCCGAGGUUUAAUCCUGAGCAGUUUCUUGACAAAAUGAGGAACAAAUGGUGGGCUUUUAUCGGUGAUUCCAUCUCUCGUAACCAUGUCCAAUCCCUCAUCUGCAUUCUCUCUCAGGUAGAAGAAGUAGAAGAGAUCUACCAUGACAAGGAAUACAGAUCAAAGAUAUGGAGAUUCCCUUCUCACAACUUCACACUCUCAGUCAUUUGGUCUCCUUUUCUUUUAAAAGCUGAAACCUUUGAGAACGUCGAAGGCGUAUCCUACUCAGACAUUCAGCUCCAUCUCGACAAGCUCGACAAUAAAUGGACAGAUCAAUACGUCAAUUUCGACUACGUUGUUAUCUCCGGUGGAAAAUGGUUCCUCAAAACAUCAAUCUUCCAUGAAAACAACACCGUAACCGGAUGCCAUUACUGCCAAGGGAAGAACAAUCUAACCGAACUCGGUUAUCAGUACUCGUACCGAAAAGCGCUACGUCUGGUUUUAAACUUUGUCGCUGAUCCAAACCAUAAAGCUCAGGUUCUGUUUAGAACAACAACACCUGAUCAUUUCGAGAAUGGAGAGUGGAACAGUGGUGGUUUUUGUAAUAGAACAAUGCCGUUUAAAGAAACCGAAGGAGAGAUGAAGAGCGAGGAUGAAUCGAUGCGUGGUAUCGAGCUUGAAGAGUUCCGUAAGACCCAAGAAGGUUCUAAUGCCAACAUUGGAUUACUUGACACAACGUCAAUGUCGCUUCUCCGACCAGAUGGGCAUCCAGGACCGUACCGGUAUCCGAAUCCUUUCGCUGUGUUGAAGAACAAGGCUCAGAAUCAGAGUCAGAUUCAGAUUCAGAACGAUUGUCUUCACUGGUGCUUACCCGGUCCGAUUGAUUCAUGGAAUGAUCUGAUGGUGGAGGUAAUGCUUAACCGGGAACAGUACAGAUGA